CAUUUAUUUUUCUUCCAGGUCCCGUGAAGAGGCUUUGAAGUAGUUUGGGAAUGCGGUUUGACAUGUCCAGGAAAAAGCCUCCAUCAUAACGAAGAUGCAACGCAGUCUCGAUUGAUGCUUUGAAUACGGGGAAUAAAAUUUUCCUUGCGAACGGACACAACGUUUGCAUUUGUUUUCUAUUUGCGUGAACUCUAUUUAACGCGGCAUGGCCAGUAAAAGGAAGUCUACCACCCCGUGCAUGGUGCGAGCGACCGAGCUCAUCGAUCAAGAAGACCAAGAUAUUGAUGUUGUGAGGGAUGCCGUUUCGCCAAGCAUGGGAACAAAGGAUAACUGGGAAAAAGAGAGGUGCAAUAAAGACACUGAGAUGGUAGAGGAGAAGCCACCACCUGAGAACCAGUCAAAAAAACUUCAAGGUGGUUAUGAGUGCAAAUACUGUCCGUAUGUGACACAAUAUCUCAACGAGUUUACAGAACAUGUGGAUCUCCAGCACCCAAAUGUGAUUCUCAAUCCCCUUUACGUGUGUGCCGAAUGUAACUUUACAACCAAAAAAUACGAUUCUUUAUCGGACCACAAUUCGAAAUAUCACCCCGGAGAAAGUAAUUUCAAGUUAAAGUUAAUGAAACGCAAUAAUCAGACCAUCUUGGAACAGUCGAUCGAGGGCAGCGCCGAUGUAUCGAGCACCCAGGAACAUUUUGACAACGACGAGAACUCGUCUGGGAUUUCAGUAAGUAAAAUGCCAAUCAUGAAACCUGGAAAAGCAAGGGGUGAUAUGAAAAAGGGAAGAAAAUUAGAGGAAACGCUGCACGAAAACCAAUUUGAAGGGGUUGUAAGCAAUGGCAUUUUAAAUGACAUUCAUCAUCACGAUGUCCUGACGCAUGUCAUGCCGUCUGUUCAACUUCCCCCCAAUGUAAACCUUCUUCCAAAGAUUCCGGUCCCUUUGAACAGCACCAAGUAUAAUUCUGCCCUUGAUACAAAUACAACGUUGAUCAACUCUUUCAAUAAAUUUCCUUACCCGACACAAGCAGAGUUGUCUUGGUUGACAGCAGCCUCAAAACAUCCAGAGGAACAAAUUAGGAUUUGGUUUGCCACCCAGCGGUUGAAGCACGGUAUCAGCUGGUCUCCUGAAGAAGUAGAAGAAGCCAGGAAGAAAAUGUUUAAUGGCACUAUACAGUCUGUUCCGCAAACCAUCACGGUCUUACCCGGUCCUUUAACGACGACCGCUAAAGUUUCUCAGCCUAUCAUACAGACAGCCUUGCCGUGUCAGAUACUUGGACAGACGGGGCUGGUUUUAACUCAAGUUACAAACACCCCUGCGGUCACCGUUCCUCAGUUUUCAGCCAACACCAAUAUUUCCAGCCAAAGCCAUAAACGAUUGGCACAAACCACCCAAGAAACUCCAGAGCCUAAACGUCAAAACACGACGCAAUCGCCGUUGACGCCCAAGUCCAGCGUCUUACCGGUGGCCAACAAUGAGCGGAAAAAGACCAAGGAACAAAUUGCUGUUUUGAAGGCUAGUUUUGUAAUUAGCCAGUUUCCAGACGACACUGAAAUCUAUAGGUUGAUAGAUGCCACCGGGCUGUCUAGGAGUGAAAUUAAAAAGUGGUUCAGCGAUCAUCGGUAUAGAAGCCAGAGAGGUAUUGUCCAUAUCACUAGUGAAUCAAUAGCCAGAGAAAGGGUAUCGGUAGCGAGGUCAGGGAGACCCUACCAUUCGUACCGCGAGCUAGCACCGCGGAAACUCACAGAGACAACAGAUGAGCAACUCCGUUGUCUUGAGAACAGCUUUCUUAAAAGUUCGUAUCCAACACAAACUGAAAUCGAUCACCUGAAAGCAGAAACAAAGUUAAGUAGAAAAGAAAUCGACUUGUGGUUUUCUGAAAGACGAAAAAUCAGAGAUUCCAUGGAACAAGCGGUUUUGGAUUCAAUGGGGUCGGGGAAGACUAAUGAAGUAGGACUAGUGAAUGGGACCUCAAAACAGUCUUGUAAGUUAUCUGGCGCUUGGCCGCAACCUGCAGUUCAGUACAAAUCUAAGCAAGAGCAACUACAUCUGCUCAAAAGUACCUUUGCAAGGACCCAGUGGCCGUCCCCACAGGAAUACGACCAGUUGGCAGCACAGACUGGUCUCGUUAGGACUGAAAUAGUCAAAUGGUUUAAAGACAAUAGAUGUGUCCUCCGGACUGGUAGCUUAAGGUGGAUGGAACAGUAUAGGAAACAUUACGAACGCUCACUGGAAGAGCGGAGAAAGUUUAUAAAGAUGGUUGCGGCCACCACCGUCGGCAAAGACAUUCUUACGAGAUAUUUUCAGGAGUACGGCCAGCUUCAUGAAGAGGACCUAGAUCUCCUUGUUUUGAAGUCCAAGAUGGAUUUUGAUCAAGUUAGAGUGUACCUCCAGGAGUUGCAGCAACAGGCCAUCCUAGACCAGUUGGAGAGCAGCAGCCUAGGGGACCAUGGUGUUGUGGACAGCGAGUCUACCGAUAAGGACUGGGUCAAAAUAUCUCAUGGAGAUGAAGGGGCUAUCUCAGAUGGUGCUGACAGCUGGGGUCACGCUACUAAUGAAACCCCAGAGGAAACUCAAGACUAUGACUUUGGAAGUGUACCUAGUGAGAAUGCUCACAAAUAGGUUAGUGGAUCUGACCUUUUUCUUUCUUCCACCAUUUUCAUGGAAAAUGAUAUAGAAAUAUAUUUUCUUACUUCGGCUGAUGAAUCUGACACGUUUGGGACUAUAUGCUCAUCGAACGACUAUUAUGGCAGCGGUCCUCUGAUCACAAAUCAUGGAAAGUUCUUUUUUUUGCCAAAGA